AUGCGUUCGGCUGUGCUGCAGUCUGGCCUUGCCGCCCUGCUCUUCGGGGCGAGCGUCUCUGCGGAACCUUAUACACCAAAGCACGAGCUGGGCCGAUGCGCAUUUCGAGGGCAGUGCGGAAAACAGAGUUUUUUCGGCAAGGAGCUCCCAUGUGUCGACAAUGGCCCUGCGGAAGACCCGAGCGAUGAUCUUAGAAAGGAGCUGGUUGAGCUUUGCGGCCCCCAGUGGAGCGAGGGGCCUGUUUGCUGCAACCUGGAUCAGGUUAAAGCUUUGAAAUCCGAAAUGGGCACCCCGAGGACUCUCAUUGGCUCUUGCCCUGCUUGCAAAGAGAACUUCUUCAACAUGUUUUGUAAAUUCACGUGUUCUCCCGAUCAAUCGACCUUUAUAAAUGUAACAGAUGCCGCGAAAAAGGGCAACAAGCUGCUCGUCACUGAGCUUGACCAACUGAUUUCAGAGGAAUAUGGCUCAGGGCUCUAUGAUAGCUGCAAAGAAGUCAAAUUCGGAGGUGCAAACAGCAGGGCAAUGGACCUGAUCGGUGGCGGAGCGAAGAACUAUCACGAUAUGCUCAAAUUUCUUGGCGACAAGAAGCCGUUAGUCGGUUCACCAAUCCAGAUCAACUACCCGGAGGAAUACAAUCAGCCUGGCAUGGCGCCAUUGCAGACGAAGCCCAAGAAAUGCAACGAUGAGGAUCCGGCCUAUCGGUGUGUUUGUGUCGACUGCCCAGAAGUGUGCCCUACAUUACCUGAUGUAAAGGAAGCUGGAUCUUGUCGAGUGGGAAAACUGCCUUGUCUCUCUUUCGCAUCCAUCUUCACAUAUGGCGUUUUGCUUCUGGCACUUUUCGUCGCCGUUUUUGGUCAUAUCUUCUGGGCCAAAUACCAGAAGCGCCGUGUCGAAAGGACGCGGUUACUCCACGAGUCGUCCCACAGUGAUGAUGAAGACGAAGGUGGACCUAUCCUUACUGAUGCCAUGCGCGACCAGCCAACAAAACGUUAUUGGCUAAACGAUAAAUGCGACAAGGCCUUCCGCCAGCUAGGAAAUACCUCUGCAAGGUUUCCCGGCCUCACCAUAGGUGUUAGCUUGUUGAUUGUUGCUAUCUUAAGUGCCGGCUGGUUCCGGUUUGAUAUAGAGCAAGACCCUGCUCGACUCUGGGUCAGCCCAACCUCUGCAGCUGCUCAAGAAAAGGAAUACUUCGACUCCAAUUUUGGCCCCUUUUUCCGAGCUGAAAAGAUAUUCCUGGUCAACGACACCAAAUCAUCUGGUCCUAGCCCCGUUCUCAGCUACGAGACAUUGAAGUGGUGGGCGGAUGUCGAAAAGAGUGUUGGGGCACUUGAGGGCUCCGUGUACGGGAAUACACUCAACGAUGUUUGUUUUAAGCCUACCGGCGAUGCUUGUGUUAUACAGUCUGUGACGCAGUACUGGUACUCGAAAGGCGGUAUCGACUCCAAGUAUUGGAAGGACGACCUUCGCAGCUGCGCAAAAUCCCCCGUAGACUGCCGACCAGCAUUUGGACAGCCCAUUGAACCAACUAUGAUUCUUGGCGGCUAUGAUGAUGAUGUCGUUGACUCUCAGGCAAUGACAGUUACAUGGGUCGUUAACAAUGCUGCUGAGAAUUCAGAGACGCUUCUUCGCGCUAUUGACUGGGAGAAUGCACUCCGCGAUCGGCUCCUCCAAGCACAGGAGGAGGCUAAAACCCGUGGCCUUCGAUUGUCAUUCACAACGGAAAUUAGCUUGGAACAGGAGCUCAACAAGUCUACAAAUACAGACGCCAAAAUUGUCGUCGUGAGCUACAUUGUCAUGUUCAUUUAUGCAUGCUUGGCACUCGGCACCCCUUUGAAGCACUUAUUUGGAAAUCCGGCACUGUUGCUGGUUGAAUCAAAGGUUACUCUGGGUCUUGCUGGUAUUGUAAUUGUUCUUAUGUCUAUUUCUGCUUCAAUUGGCUUCUUUUCGUGGGUUGGUUUGAAGGCUACGCUCAUCAUCGUCGAAGUAAUCCCAUUUAUCGUCUUGGCUGUCGGUGUCGAUAAUAUCUUUCUUAUUGUUCACGAGCUUGAAAGAGUCAACGUCAAUUUCCCAGAUCAGAUGGUGGAAGAGAGAGUGGCUCGAGCUUUGGGCCGUAUGGGACCGUCUAUUCUUUUCUCUGCCUUGACCGAAACGUUUGCGUUUGCUCUCGGCUCUGCAGUUGGCAUGCCUGCUGUCCGAAACUUCGCUGCUUACGCCGCCGGCGCUGUUCUCAUCAAUGCUGUUCUUCAAAUGACGAUGUUUGUAUCUUUCUUGGCCUUGAAUCAGAUGCGGGUUGAAGAUCAUCGAUGCGAACUUUGGCCGUGGUGGCAGGUCAAGAAAGCUAGGAUCAACCUCAAUGGCACCAACGGCUAUCCGUCAACCGGUAGAGCGUCUGAUGCAGAUGAAGAAAGCUACCUGCAAAUAUUCAUUCGAAACACUUAUGCUCCUAGUCUCUUACGCAAACAGACCAAGGUCGCCGUUGUUGCCGUCUUCCUCGGUCUCCUAUCGGCUGCCAUUGCCUUGCUGCCAGGUAUCCAGCUCGGACUUGAUCAGCGUGUGGCUAUUCCGGAUGGAUCUUAUUUGAUUCCAUACUUUAACGACCUCUACGAUUAUCUAGAAACUGGACCUCCGGUUUAUUUUGUUACCCGUGGAGUUGACGCAUCCCAGCGUCAACAACAGCAAGCGAUGUGCUCAAGAUUCACCACUUGUCAGCCAUUUUCAUUAACAAACACCCUGGAGCUCGAAAGGCAGCGAUCUGACAUUUCAUACAUCAUGUCCCCGGCGGCAAGCUGGAUUGAUGAUUACUUCCUCUGGCUGAAUCCCAUCUAUGACCAAUGCUGCAUUGAACAUGGCUCGACCUGCUUUGCAGACCGUCAGCCCGCAUGGAACACUUCCCUCUACGGAAUGCCUGAGAAUGAUGAAUUCAUCCACUAUCUUCAAAAAUUCCUCGCAGCGAAGACUGAUGACGUGUGCCCAUUGGGUGGCCAAGCCUCCUAUGGGGACGCAGUUGUCCUCGAUAGCGAAGCUGCACACGUUAAAGCUAGUCAUUUCAGAACCGCACAUACUCGUCUUCGCAGCCAGGAAGAUUUUAUCAAAGCUUACUCUUCAGCACGCCGCAUUGCCUCAGAUAUUACCAAAGCAACUGGAGCGGAUGUUUUCCCCUACAGCGUUUUCUAUAUCUUCUUUGAUCAAUAUCUCAGCAUCAUCCCGCUGACAGGAGGUCUUUUAGGCGCUGCUGUCGGCGUCAUCUUCGUCAUUGCGUCGUUCCUCUUGGGUUCCAUACGGACAUCAGCUAUUGUGACCUUGACAGUUAUAAUGAGCGUCGUGGAUAUUAUGGGUGCAAUGGUGGUAUUCAACGUCUCCUUGAAUGCCGUUUCCCUAGUAAAUCUCAUCAUUUGCGUUGGUAUUUCGGUUGAAUUUUGUGCGCAUAUUGCCCGAGCCUUCAUGUUCCCCUCACGGACGGUCAUGGAGAAUAGCUUUAAUGUUAAUGGACGAGAUGCCCGUGCUUGGACAGCAUUGGUGAAUGUUGGUGGAUCGGUAUUCUCAGGCAUCACAGUUACAAAGUUCUUGGGCGUUGGCGUUCUUGCGUUCACAAGGUCAAAGAUUUUCGAAAUCUACUACUUCCGAGUUUGGCUGGCGCUUGUCGUCUUUGCUGCUCUUCACGCUCUUGUGUUCCUACCUGUUGCGCUGAGCAUUGGCGGAGGCGAAGGUUAUGUCGACCCUGAGAGCGAGGGCACUGCUGCCCAGGAUUUGACUGAUAGACGCUGGCGGGCAAUUAGAAUUCACGAUAACAGUGACUCUGAAGAUGACUAUUAG